AUGAAUGAUUCAUUCAAUUGCAAGAUCGUCCAUGUUCUUAAGCUCACAUUCCAUUCAUUUGCAAAGGGGUUUGAGAUCAUUAAUCAAAUAAUGCCAGAUAAAAAGACCCCCAUUUCAAAUUCUCAUCAUUUGAAAAAUGUUAAACAACAAUUUCGUAACAGACAACUUAUAGAAACAAUCAUCGAACUGAUAAAUAUUAAUGAUCAUAGUUCGCUGGCAUACAUCGCUAGAAAUGACGGUAUUCCACCUCAAUUAAGACAUUUGGUUUGGCCAAUCCUAUUGAAAUAUCAUCCCAUGUGCAUAUCACCAAACAUCUUCCCUAAUACAGUAUCUUGGGAUUCUACAACUAAUUCUUACCAUGCAUUGAAUGACAAACAGAAACAGCAUCAACUACAACCUACAAGUAGCAAGAAUACUGAUACGGAAGAUACGGAAGAUAAUAAUUUAUUGUCAUCAUCAUCGACAACAACCACAACCACUAAUACCAACAAUAACCAUGAUCUGGAGUCUACCAUUAUACAUGAUUUAAAGAAAUAUUUCCAUACAAGACAUCAUUCUACAAAUUCUAAUGGCAAGGAACAGCUUUUAGAGGAUACCUUAUCGAUACAUGAGGAACAUCAAAUAAUUGAAAUCUUGAAGAAUACCAUUUUGAAAUUUUUAAAUAAAUGGUCUCAAAUAUUUAAAUAUGAAAAUGGGUUAGCAUGGGUAGCCCUUGGCUUGGCUGAAUGGUGUUCUCCUCUGCCAAAUAAUGAUAACAAUUUGAGAGGUCCCAUCUUACUCACGGGGAAAAGGCAUAGUCAUUCACAUACUCAUUCUUCGUCCGCUCGUGAUACACAAAACGAUAAUAGGAAUUCUAAAGUUAGUUCUCCAAAGGAAGAGGAGGAAAACCCUCUGUCGUCUCAAUCAUUAGCUUAUCUCUAUGAUGAAUAUCCAUUCCCGAAGAAAAUUCAAUCAAAACUAAAAUUAACAAAUGUAAAUUCUAAUUUCUUUUUGUUUGAUCAAUUGUUUGAAAGAAUAACGUUGAUUAUCUUACAUAGCCCUGACACGACAAUGGCUCAUAGAAGAAUCAAUAAGGAAUUCCCCUCACAAGAAUCGAAUUUAACAAAUUAUUUCCCCAUUUUAUCAGGUGGUGAUCUUUCAUUUCAAACACAAGUGUUCUUCAAAACAUUUUCAUCAAUAUUACCUGAAUUGUAUCAACCUUUAACAGAGGAAAGCUCAUUACAACCAACAUCGGUAAAGACAAAAUGGCUAUAUUGGUGGUUGAAAUUUUCAGGUUCAAGAUCAUUACAAAGACAAGAUAGAGGUAGAUUAUGGGAUUUAUUAUUAGGUUGGAGACCCAAACCAAAUAUGGAUACCAUAAAUUUUUUCCUAAAUUAUAAUAAUAAAAAAUUUGAUCAAUUGUAUAAAGGACCUGACAAAAAUACGAUAUGUGAUCACGAAAUUUUUAUAAAAAAGAAUGAUCCCUUUUGGUUCCCUGAUUUGGAUUGUAUCGCAUUAGGUUCUAAUAAAUUUCCCUAUGAUUACAACGUUUUCAAAGAGCUACUGUAUCGAAAUAGAUACGAGGAUAAUCCAAUAAGGGACCAACAACAAAUUGAACAAUCAGCCUCAUCGUCCUAUAUGUUACCUUACUCUUUGAUUGACCCACAUGUCGAGAUGAUUUUCAUUUACAUUGCCAUCUUACAAUAUAAUGAGUUUAAACUAUUGGAGUUUGAAGAAACUGAAAUCCUAGAAUUUUUGAAUAAUAUACCGAUGAUUUCCAAGACAGAUGAUUUUAAUUUUAAAAAACUAUAUGAUUCAGAAAAUAAUAAGUUAUUACCUGAACUUGAAAAUUUGUCCUCCACUGCAACAAUAGCAUCAACAAACAAUAACAGUACAACGUCAAUUGCCAAUAAAUCUUUGAGUUCUAUGUCGUCAACAACAUCUGCGUCACAUAUGUUGAUUGAAUUAGGGAAUGAUGGUAAAUCUUCACAUUCUUUCAACAAUUUAUUGAAUAUGGCCGGUGAUAUAUGGAGAAAAUGGCUUUGGAGAGAAUUAGAAGAAACUUCAACUAAUGAUGGAUGA